AUGUGUAUACUUUACUUACUUGUGCUCACAGAGCCCCAGCGACAUGUGUGCGUUGCUCUGAAGCAGGUAGAGCGUCUCCUCGUGGGCCUUCGGGAACAGGGCGCCGACUGUUUUCCCCUGGAGUUCUGCCGGAAGCCACCCUCCUGGCAAUCUGCCUCAUUCUUCGACCUCCUGGAUGUCCUCCUGCGUGCCUGCUUGCGUGCGCCUAGCACUCCUAAUCAUCUGAUUCGCCUAACAGCCUUCUCUUCUUGUGGGACAACACCGGUGCCGGGCAGAGUUCGAGGCGUGUUACGGAGCCUAACAGAGAACUUGUUGACCAGCUUCGGACAGGACCUAGAAGUGGCAUCGAAGGCGGCUGGGGUUUCACGGCCCGCCGGCAGACUCCUAGAGGCCUUUCUUAGGCGACACGGUGACCCAGCCUACCUGUGCUCAAUGUUCGACUUGGAGGACUUUGACUCGCGUCUAACCGUGUUGGUGGCGUUUCUGGACGGUUUUUCGUGGUUGCUGAACGCCGGUUUACUCCCCGGGAAUGCUGUUCAGUGUAUUUUGCAGGGUACUGGAUCACAAAUUCUUGACACUCUUAAUGCAAUUUGCGAAACUGCGCCCACGUCGCCGGCACUGAACAAUCUAGUUCAGGCGAGCUCCUGCUCAAUCUUCUGGAACACAGUCGUUAGCUUUCUUGCAGCGUCGUUCCGUCAGUCAGCCACUGACGCGGCUUCGCUCUUUGCUUCGAAUUCUCCCGUCUGGCGAUGCCUGGCUCUGAUGAUAAUGAAACCUCAAAAACUUUAUUUGAACCGCUUGGAAUGGUUAACAGAUGCCUGCGGCACGUCCCAGCUGCGCCAACUCCUGUACUCUCUACCGUUGGACAUCGUAGAACAUAUCGUGAAGCUCUCUCGAGACGCCUUGGAAACUGCGGGUCUGACCAGACCGGAUUACGAUUUAUCAUGGCUAGAUUUCACUUCAUUUGAGGAAGAGAAGAAAGCGCUGAAAAGAGCCACAAAACUUGCCCACAUGCUGACUGGAGUCACGUUUCUCAUCGGCGUAGUAGACGCCUCUGUCAAGACCGUCUUGACCAGUGCUCUGCCUGACGGUCUUUGUCAGUCUUUGGGGAACAAGAUUUAUCUGGAUGAGUUUAGCGAGGAAACGGUCAGAUGGAUUUUCAGAGUUGCCCCGUUCAUUGCGGGGGGCGCUGACAGCCGUCAACCUCUGCCACCACAUCUCCUGCUAUUCAUUGGACUGUCAGCUGACCCUGACACUUCACCCGGUCCGUCGCUCUUCAGCAAGUCGCCCAGAAGCGCCCUUGAACUGGUUACGGAACUGAUUGAGCGCCUCGGCACGAGCACAAGCAAGCAGGACACACCGAGACCUUCGAGCUUUCUGUCAAAAUUAUGCGAAAAGUUGUCUAAGGUCUGGCCGCUAAAGAUACAACCGCUUGUUGCGGAUAGCUCCUGCGAUUCGUCCAUCAAGAAUGCUGCUGUUGAACUUCUGGAGCGUGUUAUUCUUUUUGCUCCACAAGUAAAAAUCCUGGACAUGCUGGCCUUCUUCCUACAUGUUCUGCCUCCAUCAACUGGUCUGAGUCUACCCUCUGACGAACGUAGCAGACUUUGCGAAGCGGUGAAGCUCUUCUUAGCUGCCAACCUGCCAUUGGAUCUGGACGAGUUCAGCCAGUUGGCUGUUCUUUCCUGUCUUGAGAUGACCGCCUGCCCGGAGGUCAUGUCCGCCCUCGCCAUGACAUUCUGUCGGCACGCCAGCCAUCCCCUCGAUGAGGACCUAACUACCGCCUUACGGAAGGCCUUGCAAAAGUACGCACGCCCGUUUGUGGAGCCAAUUUAUUUUUGUGCUUUUGCCAAUAAUACUGAAAGUUUUCACAGACGGUGCGGCGGUGAGGCCAGCAUGACAAAUCUCACCUUAUUUACCGCCGCCGCCUCUGGCGCCGUCGUCUAUUUGCACGCCCCCGAGAUUCGGAGCUAG